UAUCCAGGUGCAACUCGUGGCCAACAGGAACUUGAUAAACUGCUUUCAAUAUCACCCAGUCAAUGUAAAGUCAAAGCACCGGGAAUGAAUUACUUUCAGCCAAAACCAAAGGUCAAUGUUAUCAGCCUUUCAAUGAAGGAAAUGAAGAAAAGUCAUCAUCAAUGCCAGCUGAAGAAAUCACAAAGAAAUGCGAUUCCACCCAGUCGGAAGACACGUGGCACACAGUCAUUGUAUCGCGAAUCAUCUGCCCAAACGCUACCCUAUCUGCCGGCCGUCUCCAAUGACCCUGACGAAUUGGAAAGCCUGGAAUUAUUUAAAUUACCCACAAUUCUCCCGGGCACAGGACCACCUGGUCUCUAUGAAGUUGAAGUGCUGGAAAGGGCUCGUAAACGUUGGGCCUUUGCCAAAGCCUUGAAGGAGAAUUUUCGCAAACAAUUAGCGCUGGCGAGGAAGGAACACGUGAAACUACCUCGACAUGACCAUAUCCUGGAAGCAUUUGAAUGGGAACAUUGGUUGGAGCGGGAAGAAAAUAUACAAGAAUGUCAAAUGUUACGAUUGGAACUGCUCAUACGAAUGUUUGAUCAACGUGAACGGCAAAUGCGUUCUGCUUCCCAGUUGAGGAUACAACAAAGUUACGCUCGAAUUGAAGCUCGCCGCAGGGAGGCUUUGCGCAAAAAUGAAACGGAAUUUAAUCGAGCAAUGCGUCGUCUGGAAAUACAACACAAAAAACAACCACGUCAUUGGCGUAAGGAACAUAUCAGCCAAGGAUUUGGUGAUCCCACUUCGGAAUUUUAUGCCCCCAAAAUGCGUCAUGGCAUUGAUCCGGGUAGACGACAUUUUGUUGGCUCUCGCAAAGGAUUUGAUAUGCGUAUGGAUGAUUUGGAAAGGAAAACUGUUAAAAUGGAUCCGAGGAACUUGAAAUGUCCAUUUGCUAAAUUGCGUUCUUGGGCCAAACCCAAAGAGCUAGUUCAGGAGGUUGAACAAAACUUCUGUUCGGAAAGCAAUCUAAGGAAACUCUAUGAAAGUUUGAGGGUUCUUCGUGAAACUGGUAACAAGAAGAAGACCACUCCCCUUUGCCUCAGGGCCAAAGAAAAAUCUAUUAUCCCAACAUCUCCAGAAGUUCCUUCACCUCGCAGCACAAGAGUCACCAUUACAAAUGAAGUAGCUGCCUAUGAAUACCCAAUGGAAGAAAGUUCUACCGAAGACUCUGAAAUUCGCCGAUUACGUGAAGAACAAGAAUAUCAAGAUUAUUUACAUGAGGUACGUCAGGAAAAACAAAACGAACGCCAAUUACGCGAACACCUUAAGCGGGAAAUGGGACAGGAGGAAUUCGAAGUGUUAAUCCAGGCCUAUGAAGGCAAUACCAUCGGAUGGUUAAUGCGUUUUCUUUCCGAGGAAAUGAUUCGCCUCAAAGAGCAAAGAAAAUUGCAUUUCUAUAGCAUGUUGGCCCAGCGAGAACGUUGGCAUCGGGAAGCUGCCGAGGCUGGUCUGCGUCAAAAGGAGAAUGUCCUGCGUGAAACUUAUGAGCAGCUCUAUCAGGAAUGCAAUCAAACAAAUAUUGAAAUGGCUGAGAAUUUUGUCAAAUCGAUAUUAAGGGAAGAUAUAAAAGAUUUUGCGGAACAGCAAGUGGAAAAUCACGUGGUGGCCCUGGCCAGGGAGUUGGAUAAGGAGCUCUCGGCGUGGUUAAAUUCCUUUCAGGAUGUACAAGCACCAAUGAAUUAUCAUCAACUUAGACAUGCCUUAAAGGAUGCUGUCAUACCGGAUGUGGAGAAGUUUUUGUAUCGCAUGGAGAGGGAUAAUUCGGUUCGUUAUAUUAUCAAUGAGGUCCUCUUGCCAAGGGUCUAUAAAGAAUUGGAACCCUAUGACAUUUCCUUCGCGGUGACAACAAAUUUCGUUGAUCGGUUGAUUGACAACGAUUUGCUGCUAAGUUCUUCAGAUUGUUGUUCGGAAUGUGAUUGUUCGGCCUUUUGUUCGUGUACUGAGGCCCAAAAAGAAGCCAGGACUAUUCUAAGAAAACUUCUACGCCAUUCCGUCCCUGGCAGACGUUGGCGUACUUCAACCGAACGUAUGGUCGAUGAAAAUGUCAAAGACCUUUUGGAUGAAGUUUUCGAAAGAGUUGUACCCAGGGGAUCCAUAAUCGAAUCGGACAGAGAGGGAUGGAUGGAAACAGAUCAGAAAUUUUCCUACCUCGAUUUAGGUGGUGCCCAGAUGAGAGAAAUAUAUUAUUCCGAUGCAUCAGGUGAUGGUGAAAGCCGUAACAGUACUCAAGAUUAUUGUAAAAUACGAUGUCUAGGAGAAUUGCCACCGAUUAAUGUUGAAGAUAUUACCAGGACCCUAGCGAAGGAAGAGCAACUUCUGCUGGCCGAUACCGAUAAAAUAUCAGCUGAUCAAUUUGUAAUGGCCAUAGGCCAGUAUGAAAGACCACAGCCGCAACAUAAACCACCAAUUGUCCACCCCAUACCAAGUACCCAUGAUAUAUCCAGUGUUUGGGAUUUUGAUAAGACACCGACCUAUUGUAGGACCUCAUCGGACGACGGUUUGGUGAAGGAAGAGGAAAUUUUCGAAGAAGGUCCCCAUGCGGAGGGUAUGGAAGAACAUUCAAUAGAAAUUUUCUCUUCCCAUCAAAGCGAGGGAGAACAAAUAGCAGACGAAGAAGGAAAUGCUGAAGAAGAACCCUCAACUCCAAGAGAAGUGGGUCAUACAAACAUCGAUUCUGAGGUGCAUUUUGAUGACCAACCCAAAGUGGAGGAAAUAAUUGAACCGGCGGAAGCUACCAAUGAUGAGGAAGAUAAUAGUGAUGACGAUGUGGGAGGUGUUAUACCCGUAGCAUUUUCCUAUGAUCCCACGGUUAAAUUUACCGUCCCGGUACCAUCGAACUUUGAAAUGGCCAUGGAACGUCAAGGGGAGGAAAAAGAAGAGAGUGAGGAGGAGAAUUAA